UAUAUACGGCCGAGUGCACACACAAAGAAAGUUCCUUAAGUUCUCUUGCAAAAUUAAGCAUAAAAAAGUGUUAAAAAGACUAUAGAGACAUGUUUAAACAUAAACAAUUUGUGCAAAAACAUUAUAAUUAAUUGAGUUUCCAUACAAAGAAGUUUACCAAAAAUACAGUUUACAUUUUACUUCAACUUAAGAACAAAUAUCUAAAGUUAAAGACAUGUUGCAACAUCCUCCUCCUCCAGACUAUUGCCGGCUCUGUGUAAAAAGCUGCAAUGAUGACCAGCACAGCCUCUAUGAUGAGAGGGGUCAAGCUAACGCAAAUCAUGAUCUUGUGGGCAAAUAUUUUACCAACACAGUGAGUCUUCUCUCUGAUACACCCAAUGACUUCCAAAUAUAUCUUCAAUGCUUUCAGAUGUUGAAUAUGGAAUGGGAGAGACGACUUCAAUACAUCUGUGGUAAAUGUUGGCAGCAUAUCUGGGAGUUUCAUAAAUUCCAAGAGUCCAUUAUUGAGGCCCAGAAGGGCCUACAUCUGCUUAAAGAAGUGGUGGAAGUUAAGAUUAAGACUGAGUUGAAUAUAAAUCUGCAGGAAGAACAACUGAAGUUGCAUAGUUCCGACAGAUUAAGCGCUAGCACGGAAGAUUCAAUCAAACCUAUAGCCCUUUUCUUAGAUAUAAGGUCUGAAGAACCUUUGGAUCUCAACAGUGUUCGUAAAAGAAUGUCCUCUCAGGUUGGGCAGGAUCAUAGAACGGAUGAAGAAAUGUCUAGGCCCAGUAGAAACGAAAAUUCAUCCUUACAGAAUGAGGAUAACUCCAAUGAAGAGUAUAGAUCGAGUGCUGGCAUAACCUUAUCAUCUUUAGACCAGACCAAUAUAUCCUCUUCAAUAUGUAAGGUCCCUGGUACAAAAAGGUCUGUUGAGGAGUUUGAUGAGCUGGUAGCUUUGUGGCGUUCCUCCUUGGAAUGCGACAUUUGCCAUCAGUUGGUGGCCAGCUAUUCCCAGCUGAAGGAACAUUUUAGCAAAACCCAUGCUUCAGAAAUUUGUUACCUCAUGUGUUGUCAAUUGAGGCUGGAAACUCGUUACGAUAUUGACAGACACAUACGCUACCAUAAUGCCCCGCAACAGCUUAAAUGUGAGACCUGUUGCAAGGUUUACUCUUCGGAACAAUAUUUGAGGAGCCACAAAAGAAAUGUCCACACCACCAAGAUAACAGACAAAAAUGCUAAAGACAUCCACAAGUUGCAAGGAAAAUAUCGUUGCUGCAAAUGUUCGAAGGAUUUUGCAACGAAAUUACAUUUAUAUUCCCACAAUCGUCAUGUCCAUAAACCCAAGAUUUUUGAAUGCAACUCUUGUGAAAAAUCGUUUAGAAGUCCGGAUGCACUGCGCGAGCAUUUGGCUAGCCAUAAAGGCGAGAAGACGUAUGGCUGCUCCAUUUGUCCCAAGGCAUUCACCUGGCGAUCUGAUUUCUGGCAACAUAUGAGAAAAUCUCAUCUUCAGGAAUGGAAGAAGAUGCAAAACGAGGCGGCCGACAGAAAGACUCGAAAAGGGUAUCGACAAGAAAUUCGGGGAGAGAAUGUGAUCUAUGUAUGCAUUUAUUGUUCCAAGGAGUGUAACAAUAGGACUAAUAUGUACUAUCAUGCCAAGCGAUGUCAACGGUAUAGAAAGGGGUUUCGGCUUGAAACCAGGGGAAAGAGUCAGGUCCAUGUGUGCAUUUAUUGUGCCAAGGAGUUUGAAAAGCGGCAUUCCAUAUACCUUCACCUUAACCAGUGUCAUAGAGAGGAUGGCUCUUUAGCGGAGGAGCAGGCAUCAAUGAUGUCUGAACCCCUCGUUCCAGCAGCGGAGAUAGUCGAGAUGGAGCCUGAGUUGAAUAAAAAUCAACAGGAAGUACAACGGGAAUUGCAUAAGGCCAUGGGAUUAGGCACUAGCAAUGAGAAUUUAGUCAAGCUCACAGAGCUUACCUUUGAUAUAAAGUCUGAAGAACCUUUGGAUCUUAACAGUGAUCAUGAAAGAAUGUCGUCCCAGGGUGGGCAGGACCAUUUAACGGAUGAACAAAUGUCUCUGAUGAUGUCUAGCAGAAAAGAAAAUUUAUGCUUACAAAAUAACGAUGAGCCCAAUGAAGAUUUUAGUUCGAGUGCUGGCAUGCCCUUAUCAUCUCUGGACCAGGCCAAUAUGUCCUUUUCAACAAGUAAAGUCCCUGCUACAGAAAGGACAGUAGAGGAGUUUGAUAAGCUCGUAGCUUUGUGGCGUUCCUACUUGGAAUGUGAAAUUUGCCAUCAGCUGGUGGGCAGCUAUUCCCAGUUGAAGGAACAUUUUAGUAAAAACCAUGGUUCAGAAAUUUGUUACCUCAUGUGUUGCCAAAUGAGGCUGGAAACUCGUUACGAUAUUGACAGACACAUACACUAUCACAAUGCCCCACAGCAACUUAAAUGUGAGGCCUGUUGCAAGGUUUACCCUUCGGAACAAAAGUUAAGAAGCCACAAAAGAAAUGUCCACAACCGCAAGGGAAGAGACAAAAAUGCUGAAAACGGCCUGAAGUCGAAAGGAAAAUAUAGUUGCUGCAAAUGUUCGAAGGACUUUGCAACGGAACAACAUUUAAAAAAACACAAUCGUAAUGUCCAUAAAUCCAAGAUUUUGGAAUGUAACUUUUGUGAAAAAUGUUUUACGCGUUCGUAUUUACUGCGCCAGCAUUUGGCCAGCCAUAAAGGUGAGAAGACCUAUGCCUGCACCGUUUGUCCCAAGGCAUUCUCCUGGCGAUCUAAUUUCUGCUACCACAUGAGCAAAUCUCAUCCCGAGGAAUGGAAGAAGAUGCAAAUCGAGGAGGCCCAAAGAGAGCCUAAAUGUAAGUAUCGGCGAGAGACUCGAGGAGAGAGUAUGGUCUUUGUUUGCAUUUAUUGUUCCAAGGAGUAUGAUAAUCGGCAUUCGGUGUACCAGCAUGCCAAGCGAUGCCAAAUAUAUGGUACACCAGUGCAGCCUAAAAAGGGGUUUCGGCUUGAAACCCGGGGCAAGAAUAAAGUCCAUGUGUGCAUUCAUUGUGCCAAGGAGUUUGAAAAGCGGCGUUCCAUGUACCAUCAUUUAAACCAAUGUCAUGGAGACGAUGGCUCUUUGGUGAAGGAGCAGGCAUCAAUGAUUUCUGAACCCCUCGUUACGGCUGAGAAAGUCGACAUAGAGCCUGAGUUGAAUAAAAAUCCAGAGGAAGCACAACAGGAGGGGCAUGGCGUCAAGGGAUUAGGCAUUGGCACUGAAGAUUCAAUCAGAAUGCCUACUUCCCUUACCUUUGAUAUAAAGUCUGAAGAACCUUUGGAUCUCAACAGUGAUCAUGAAGGGAUGUCUUCUCAGGAUGGGCAGGACCAUUUGAUGGUGUCCAGUAGAAAAGAAAAUUCGUCCUUACCGAAUGACGAUGAAGUUGUAUCCAAUGAAGAUUAUAGCUCGAGUGAUGAUAUGCCCUUAUCAUCUUUCAGGCAGACCAAUAGUUCCUCUUCAAAACGUAAAGUCCCUGCUACAAAAAAAUCUGUAGAGGAGUUUGAUGAGCUGGUAGCUUUGUGGCGAUCCUCCUUAAAAUGUGACAUUUGCCAUCAGCUGGUGGCCAGUUAUUCCCAGUUGAAGGAGCAUUUUACCAAAAACCAUGCUUUAGAAGGUUGUUACCUCAUGUGCUGCCAAUUGAGGCUGGAAACACGUUUCGAUAUUGACAGACACAUACGCUUUCAUAAUGCUCCCCAACAGCUAAAAUGUGAGACCUGUUGCAAGGUUUACCGUCGGGAGCAACAUUUAAAAAGGCACAAUAGAAUUGUCCACACCAGCAAGGGAGAAGACAACAUUGCUAAAAAUAAAGACAUCGAGAAGGUGCAAGGGAAAUAUCGUUGCUGCAAGUGUUCGAAGGACUUUGCAACGGAACAGCGUUUGAAAAAACACAAUCGUAAUGUCCACAAACCCAAGACUUUUGAAUGUAACUUGUGUGAAAACUCGUUUAGGCGUCCGGAUGCAUUGCGCGAGCAUUUGGCUGACCACAGAGGCGAGAAGAAGCAUGUUUGCUCAUUUUGCUCUAAGGCAUUCACCUGGCGAACUAAUUUCAGCCGACACAUGCGAGAGUGUCAUUUACAGGAAUUGACGAAGCCCGCUCAAAGUGGGAUUAUGAGAGGUUAUCGGCAAGAAACUCGAGGAGAGAGUAUAAUCUAUGUUUGCAACUAUUGUUCCAGAGAGUAUGAAAAGCGGUUUUCCAUAUACAGUCAUAUAAGGCGUUGUCAAGGAAACGAUACACCAAUAGAGCCUAAAAAAGGUUAUCGGCGAGAAACUCGGGGAGAGAUUAUGUUCUAUAUUUGUAUUUUUUGUUCCAAGGAAUAUGAAUGCGGUGAAUCCAUGCGCUACCAUCUCUACAAUUUCCAUAGACACGAAUCAUCUUUAGCGAAGCAGCCACCAACGCCAGCUGUGCAACAACAAACGAUUCAUAAUCGUAGAAUUCGAAGUAGUCAAAGCUCAGUUAACACCAGGAUUAUAGGGCCGAAGACAACUGAUGAUAACAACAUAACACCAGAAGAACUGGGCAAAGAAGGAGUAGUAGAUUCAUUAAUCUCUCCCAUGGAGGGAAGGACUAAUGUGAGGACCGAACAGUUUUCAGCUGGCACAAAUGAUUUGGGAAAUGAGGAAAUGGUUGAAAAUCAAAUGUCACAAAAAUUAGAAGAUCCUGCUUAUGAGAGUGAAGAAUAUGUAAAAUCCGAAGAAGAAUUUAUUGAUCUCUGCAAUGAUGACCAACAGAACCUCUAUGAUGAGACAGGUCAAGCUAACGAGAAUCGUGAUUUAGUGGGCAAAUAUUUUACCAACACAAUGUUGAAUAUGGAAUGGGAGAAACGACUUCAAUAUAUCUGUGGGAAAUGUUGGCAGCAUAUCUCGAAGUUUCAACAAUUCCAGGCGUCCAUUAUUGAGGCGCAGAAGGAACAACGUUUGAAUAGGGAAAAGGCAAAAGAAGUUGAUGAACUAAAGUUAAAGCCUGAGCUGAAUUUAAACAUAAAUCAGCAGGAACUGAAGUUGCAUAUAACUAAGCGAUUAGGCGCUAACACUGAAGAUUUAAUCAAUCCUACAGCCCUUGCAUUUGCUAUAAAAACUGAAGAACCUUUGGAUCUCAACAAUGACUAUAAAGAUAUGUCGUCUCAGGAAGGGCAGCAACAUUUCACCCAUGAAGAAAUAUCUCUGAUGUCCCACAUGUCCAGUAGAAAAGAAAGUCAAUACUUGAUGGAUGACAAUGAAUCCAAUGAAGAUUAUAGUUCGAAUGAGGACAUGCCCUUAUCAUCUUUCCGUCAGACCAGUCUUUCCUCUUCAGAUAAAAAAGUUAAAAAAAUUGGUACAAAAAAGUCUGCAGAGGAGUUUGAUGCACAGGUGGCUUUGUGGCGAUCCUCCUUGGAAUGUGACAUUUGUCAUCAGCUGGUGGCCAGCUAUUCCCAAUUGAAGGAACAUUUUAGCAAAUACCAUGCUUCAGAAGAUUGUUACCUCAUGUGUUGCCAAUUGAGGCUGGAAACUCGUUACGAUAUUGACAGACACAUAUACUAUCAUAAUGCCCCGCAGCAGCUUAAAUGUGAGACCUGUUGCAAGGCUUACCGUUGGAUGAAAACUUUAAGAAGCCACAAUAGAAUCGUACACCCCAGCAAGGGAGGAGUGGUACUGCGCGAACAAUUUGCUGCCCAAAAAGGCGAGAAGACGCAUGGCUGCUCCCUUUGUCCCCUAGCAUUCACCUGGCGAUCGAGUUUCUAUGCGCACCUGAAAAAAGAUCAUCCCCAGGAAUGGCAAAAGAUUCAAAACGAGGAGCUAGAAAGGAAGUUUGAAUGUGGGUAUUGGCGAGAAACUCGAGGAAAUUGUUUGGUGUAUAUUUGCAUUUAUUGUUUCAAAGAGUAUGACAAGCGGAUUUCCGUAUACAGACAUAUCAGGCGAAUUCACGGAAGCGUUAGACCGAAGAAGCCCAAAAAGGAAUUUCGCACGGAAACUCGGCGAGACCUAAAGGUCUAUGUAUGCAAUCAUUGUGCCACAGAGUAUGAAGAUUUAGAUUCUAUGUACCAUCAUCUUAACCAAUAUCAUAAAAUCGAUGGCUCAUUAGCAGAGAAGGCAUCAACGAUUUCCGAAUCCCCCGUACCAGCUAAGAAAGUCGAGAUAAAGCCUAAGUUGGAUAUAAAUCAGCAGGAAGUGCAACUGAAGUGGCAUAAUGUCAUGGGAUUAAGUGCCAGCAGUGAAAAUUUGAUUAAACCUAAGGCUCUUACCUUUGAUAUAAAGUCUGAAGAACCCUUGGAUCUAAACAGUAAUUGUGAGGGGAUGUCAUUUCAAGUCCAACACGAGUUAACGGAUGAAGAAACGUCCUACCUGUCCAGUAGAAACCAUAAUAAUGACGUUGUAUCCAAUGAUGAUUACAGCCCAAAGGAAGUCCUGCCUCUAUCAUCUUCAAAUAAAAAACUUCCUGCUGCAAAAAGGUCUGUAGAGGAGUUUGAUGAACUCGUUGCUUUGUGGCGUUUCUCCUUGGAAUGUGAAAUUUGUCAUCAGCUGGUGCCCAGCUAUUCCCAGUUGCAGGAACAUUUUAGCAAAAACCAUACUUCAGUGAAUUGUUACCUCAUGUGUUGCCAUUUGAGACUGGAAACUCGUUUCGAUAUUGACAGACACAUACGCUAUCAUAAUGCCCCGCAACAGCUAAAAUGUGAGUCUUGUUGCAAGUCUUACGGUUCGGAAAAACAGUUAAAAGUACACAAAAGACAAGUCCACACCAGCAAGGGUGGAGAUAAAAAUGCCAAAUCUAAAGACAUCAAGAAGCUGGAAGGGAAAUAUCGUUGCUGCAAGUGUUCCAAGGACUUUGCAAGCGAAAAACAUUUGCAUGUACACAAUCAAAAUGUCCAUAAACCUAAGAAUUUGGAAUGUAACUUGUGUGAAAAAUCGUUUAGGCGUCCAGCGUCACUGCGCGAUCAUUUGGCUGGCCACAGAGGCGAGAAGAUGCACACAUGCUUUUUUUGCCCCAAGGCAUAUACCUGGCGACAUCAUUGCUGCCAACAUAUGAGAAAAUCUCAUACCAAGGAAUGGCAGAAGAUGCAAAAGAAGGAGGUCCAAAGAGAACCUAAAUAUGGGUAUCGGUGUGAGACUCAAGGAGGGAGUAAGCUUUUUGUUUGCAUUUAUUGCUUCAAGGAGUAUGACAAUCGGCGUUCAAUAUACUAUCAUGUUAAGCGGUGUCAAAUAUAUAAUACCCCAGUGGAGCCCAAAAAGGGAUAUCGGAUUGAAGCCCGCGGAAAGAGUAAAGUCCAUGUGUGCUUAUAUUGUGCCAAGGAGUAUGCAAAGCGACAUUCCAUGUAUCAACAUCUUAACCAAUGUCAUAGAGACGAUGGCCCUUUAGCGGAGGUGCAGGCAUCAAUGAUUUCUGAACUCCCCAAACCAGCUGAAAAUGUCGAGAUAAAACCUGAGUUGAAUAAAAAUCCAGAGGAAUCACAACAGAAUUGUCACAAUGCCACUAGCAGUGAAAAUGUAGUCAAACCUAAAGCCUUUACAUUUGAUAUUAAGACCGAAGAGCCUUGGGAUCUCAACAAUGAUUAUAAAAGGAUGUCACCUCAAGGCCUAGACCAAUUAACGGAUGAAGAAAUAUCUCUGAUGUCUUACAUGUCCAGUAGAAACGAAAAUACUUACUUAAAGAAUGACGAUGCAUCCAUUGAAAAUUAUGGCGCGAAUGAUGACAUCUCCCUAUCACCAUUGGGCCAGACCAAACUUCCUGCUUCAAAAAUGUCUGUAGAGGAGUUUGAUGAGCUGGUAGCUUUGUGGCGUUCCUGCUUGAAAUGUGAAAUUUGCCAUCAGCUGGUGGCCAGCUAUUCCCAGUUGAAGGAACAUUUUGGCGAGAACCAUGCUUCAGAAGGUUGUUACCUCAUGUGUUGCCAAUUGAGGCUGGAAACUCGUUUUGAUAUUGACAGACACAUGUACUAUCAUAAUGCCCCGCAGCAACUUAGAUGUGAUGCCUGUUGCAAGGCUUUCCGUUUGGAGAAACAUUUAAGAGAUCACAAAAGACAAUUCCACACCAGCAAGGGCGCAGACAAAAUUGCUAAAGACAUGCAGAGGUUGCAAGGAGAACAUCCCAUCAUGAAACGGUAUCGGCGAGAAAUUCGAGGCGAAUCUAUGGUCUAUGUUUGCCUUUAUUGUUCCUCGGAGUAUGACAAGCAGAAUUCCAUAUACGGUCAUCUCAAGCAUUGUCAAAGAGACUAUGAUGGAGAAAUAAAGCCUAUAAAGGGGUUUCGGCUUGAAAUUCGGGAAGAGGUUAUGUUGAAAUCUCCUACUCCCUCAUACAAUUGCCGGCUCUGUGCAAAAAGCUGCAAUGAUGAUCAACACAGCCUCUAUGAUGAGACAGGUCAAGCUAACGCGAAUCAUGAUCUAGUGGGAAAAUAUUUUAUCAACGCAGUGAGUCUCCUCUCUGAUACACCCAAUGAUGACUUCCAAAUAUAUCUUCAAUGCUUUCAGAUGUUGAAUAUGGAAUGGGAGAGACGUCUUCAAUACGUCUGUGGGAAAUGUUGGCAGCACAUCUCGGGAUUUCAUCAAUUUCAGGAAUCCAUUAUUGAGGCUCAGAAGGAACAACACCUGAAUAGGGAAGUGGCAAAAGAAGUUGAGGAUCUAAAGUUAAAGUCUGCGUUGAAUUUGAACAUAAAUCAGCAGGAAGUACAACUGAAGUUGCAUAAUGCCAAGGGACUAAGCGCUAGCACUGAAGAUUUAAUCAAUCCUACAGCCCUUGCAUUUGAUAUAAAAACUGAAGAAACUUUGGAUCUUAACAAUGAUUAUAAAGCGAUGUCGUCUCAGGAUGGGCAGCACCACUUAACACAUGAGGAAAUAUCUCUGAUGUUCCACAUGUCCAGUAGGAAAGAAACGACAUACUUGAUAAAUGAUAAUGAAUCCAAUGAAGAUUAUAGCUCGAAUGAUUAUACGCCCUUAUCAUCUAUCCGCCAGACCAGUGUUUCCUCUUCGGAUAAAAAAGUUACUGCUACAAAAAAGUCUGCAGAGGAGUUUGAUGCACAGGUGGCCUUGUGGCGAUCCUCCUUGGAAUGUGACAUUUGCCAUCAGCUGGUGCCCAGCUAUUCCCAGUUGAAGGAACAUUUUAGCAAAUUCCACGCUUCAGAAGUUUCUUACCUCAUGUGUUGCCAAUUGAGGCUGGAAACGCGUUUCGAUAUUGAGCAACACAUACGCUAUCAUAAUGCCCCGCAGCAGCUAAAAUGUGAGACCUGUUGCAAGGCUUACCGUUGGGUGAAAACUUUAAGAAACCACAAUAGAAUCGUACACACCAGCAAGGGAGGAGAAAAAAAUGCUCCAGACAGCAGCGAGAAGUUGGAAGGAAAAUAUCGUUGCUGCAAGUGCUCAAAGGACUUUCCAAGCGGAUACCAAUUGGAUAGACACAAUCAAAAUGUCCAUAAACCCAAGACUUUGAAAUGUAACUUGUGUGAAAAAUCGUUUGUGCGUCCAGAAGUACUGCGCGAGCAUUUGGCUGGCCACAAAGGCGAGAAGACGUAUGUCUGCUCCGUUUGUCCCAAGGCAUUCACAUGGCGACCUAAUUUCUGCAUGCACAUGAAAAAAUAUCAUCCACAGGAAUGGCAGAAUGUGCAAAACGAGGAGGCCCAAAGGGAGCCCAAAUGUGGUUAUUGGCGAGAAUUUCAAGGAAAUUGUAUGGUCUAUAUUUGCGUUUAUUGUUUCAAGGAGUAUGACAAGCGGAUUUCCAUAUACAAACAUAUCAGGCGAUGUCAUGGAAGCGAUGGACCAAUAGAGUCUAAAAAGGGGUUUCGGCUUGAAACCCGGGAAAAGAGUAAAGUCCAUGUGUGCAUUUACUGCUCCAAGGAGUUUGAAAAACGUCACUCCAUGUACCUUCAUCUUAAGCAAUGUCAUAGAGGCGGCUCUUUAGCGGCGGAGCGGGCAUCAAUGAUUUCUGAACCCCUCGUUUCAGCUGAGAAUGUCGAGAUAGAGCCUGAGUGGAAUAAAAAUCAACAGGAAGUGCAACUGGAGUUGCAUAAUGCCAAGCGAUUAAGGGCUAGCAAUGAAGAUAGAAUCAAACCUACAGCACUUACCUUUGAUAUAAAGUCUGAAGAUCCCUUGGAUCUCGACAUUGGUGAUGAAGCGAUGAUGUUUCAAGCACUCGACCAGUCAACGGAUGAAGAAAUGUCUCUGAUGUCCCAAAUGUCCAGUCAAAAGCAAAAUACAUCAUUGACGCAUGGAGAUGAAUCCAAUGAGGAUGGUAUGUCAUCCUCUUUGGGCCAGACCAACUUAACCUAUUCAGAAAAUAAAGUUCCUUCUACAAAAAUAUUUGUGGAGGACGAACAGCGCGAGCAUGUGGCUGGUCAUAAAGGCGAGAAGACGCAUGACUGCUCCUUUUGUCCCCAGGCAUUCACCUGGCGAUCGAGUUUCUAUGCGCACGUAAAAAAAGAUCAUCCCCAGGAAUGGCAGGAGAUUCAAAACGAGGAGCUCCAAAGCAAGCGUAAAUGUGGGUAUUGGCGAGAAUUUCGAGGAAAUUGUUUGGUAUAUAUUUGCAUUUAUUGUUUCAAAGAGUAUGACAAGCGGAUUUCCAUAUACACACAUAUUAGGCGAAGUCACGGAAGCGUUAGACCAAUAAUGCCUAAAAGGGAAUUUCGCACGGAAACUCGGCUAGACAUUAAGGUCUAUGUAUGCAAUCAUUGUGCCACAGAGCAUGAAAAGUUAGAUUCUAUGUACCAUCAUCUUAACCAAUAUCAUAAAAUCGAUGGCUCUAUAGCAGAAAAGGCAUCAACGAUUUCUGAAUCCCAAAAGAAAGUCGAGAUAAAGCUUGAGUUGAAUAAAAAUCAGCAGGAAAUUCAACUGAAGUGCCAUAAUGUCAAGGCAAUAAGCGCUCGCAAUGAAAAUUUGAUCAAACCUAAGGCCCGUACUUGUGAUAUAAAGUCUGAAGAACCCUUGGAUCUAAACAGUGACUAUGAGGAGAUGUCAUUUCAAGUCAAAAACCAGUUAAUGGAUGCAAAAAUGUCGUACAUGUCCAGUAGAAACUCUAAUAAUGACGUUGUAUCCAAUGAGGAUUAUAGCUUGAAUGAAGUUAUGCCCCUACCAUCAUCAGAUAAAAAACUUUCUACUACAAAAAGGUCUGUAGAGGAGUUUGAUGAAAUGGUUGCUAUGUGGCGUUCCUCCUUAGAAUGUGACAUUUGCUAUCAGCUGGUGACCAGCUAUUCUCAGUUGCAGGAACAUUUUAGCAAAAACCAUACUUCAGAGAUUUGUUACCUCAUGUGUUGCCAAUUGAGGCUGGAAACUCGUUUCGAUAUUGACAGACACAUACGCUAUCAUAAUGCCCCGCAGCAGCUAAAAUGUGAGGCUUGUUGCAAGUCCUACACUUCGGACAAACAGUUAAAAGAUCACAAAAGACAAGUCCACACCAGCAAGGGUGGAGAUAAAAAUGCCAAAUCUAAAGACAUCGAGAAGUUGGAGGGGAAAUAUCGUUGCUGCAAGUGCUCCAAGGGCUUUGCAAGCGAAAAACAUUUGCAUGUACACAAUCAAAAUGUCCAUAAACCUAAGACCUUGGAAUGUAACUUUUGUGAAAAAUCGUUUAGGCGUCCAGCGUCACUGCGCGAUCAUUUGGCUGGCCACAGAGGCGAGAAAAUGCACGCCUGCUUUUUUUGCCCCAAGGCAUAUACCUGGCGAGAUCAUUGCUGCCAACAUAUGAGCAAAUCUCAUCCCGACGAAUGGAAGAAGAUGCAAAAGGAGGAGGUCCAAAGAGAGUCCAAAUGUGGGUAUCGGCGAGAAACUCGAGGAGAGAGUAUGGUCUUUGUUUGCAUUUAUUGUUUUAAGGAGUAUGACAAUCGAUAUUCAAUGUACUAUCAUGCCAAGCGAUGUCAAAAAUAUAAUACACCAGUGGAGCCCAAAAAGGGAUAUCGGCUUGAAGCCCGUGGAAAGAGUAAAGUCCAUGUGUGCAUUUAUUGUGCCAAGGAGUAUGAAAAGCGACAUUCCAUGUACCAGCAUCUUAACCAAUGUCAUAGAGACGAUGGCUCUUUAGUGGAGGAGCAGGCAUCAAUGAUUUCUGAAUUCACCAAACCAGAUGAAAAUGUCGAGAUAAAACCUGAGUUGAAUAAAAAUCCAGAGGAAUCACAACAGAAUUGGCACAAUGCCACUAGCAGUGAAAAUUUAAUCAAACCUAAAGCCUUUACAUUUGAUAUUAAGACCGAAGAGCCUUGGGAUCUCAACAAUGAUUAUAAAAGGAUGUCACCUCAAGGCCUAGACCAAUUAACGGAUGAAGAAAUAUCUCUGAUGUCUUACAUGUCCAGUAAAAACGAAAAUUCUUACUUAAAGAAUGACGAUGCAUCCAAUGAAAAUUAUGGCGCGAAUGAUGGCAUGCCCCUAUCAUCUUUGGGCCAGACCAAACUUCCUGCUUCAAAAAUGUCUGUAGAGGACUUUGAUGAGCUGGUAGCUUUGUGGCGUUCCUGCUUGAAAUGUGAAAUUUGCCAUCAGCUGGUGGCCAGCUAUUCCCAGUUGAAGGAACAUUUUAGCAAAUACCAUGCUUCAGAAGGUUGUUACCUCAUGUGUUGCCAAUUGAGGCUGAAAACUUGUUACGAUAUUGAGCAACACAUAUACUAUCAUAAUGCCUCGCAGCAGCUGAAAUGUGAGGCCUGUUGCAAGGCUUUCCGUUUGGAGAAACAUUUAAGAGAUCACAAAAGACAAUUCCACACCAGCACGGGUGGAGAUAAAAAUGGUAAAGACAUCCAAAGAUUGAAAGGAAAAUGUCGCAUCAUGAAAGGGUAUCGGCGAGAAAUUCGAGGCAAAUCUAUGGUCUAUGUUUGCCUUUAUUGUUCCUCGGAGUAUGACAAACAGUAUUCCAUAUACGGUCAUCUCAAGCAUUGUCAAAGAGACUAUGAUGGGCAAAUAAAGCUUAAAAAAGGAUUUCGGCUUGAAAUUCGGGAAGAGGGUAAGGUCUAUGUUUGCAUUUUUUGUUACAAGGAGUAUGAAAAGCGGAUUUCCAUCCUCAAUCAUAUCAGGGGAUGUCGAAGAGACAAUGCACAAACAGAUCCUAAAAAAGGAUAUAGGUUUGAAUCACGGGGAGAGAGUAUGGUCUAUGUUUGCAAUUAUUGUUCAAAAGAGUUUGAAAAGCGGUUAGCCAUGUACAAGCAUAUCAGGCGAUGUCACGCGCACGUUAUGCCCAUAGAGCCUAGAAAGGGUUAUAGGCGAGAAAUUCGGGAAGAGGAUAGUAUGGUCUAUGUUUGCAUUUUUUGUUCCAAGGAAUAUGCAAAUCGGCAAUCCAUGUACUAUCAUCUCUACCAUUUCCAUAGAGAUGAAACAUCUUUAGCGAAGCAGACACCAAUAAUUUCUGAAUUGGCAGUGCCGAAGACAACUGAAGUCAGCAACAUAACAACAAAUGGUGACAGCUUAAAUGAGCUAAGCAAAGAAGAUGAAGGAGAAAAAGAGUAUUCAUUGAUGACAGAGUUGAAAGAUGAAAAUGUAACAGAGGCUAAUGUGAAGAACGAACAAUUUUCAGCUAAUACAAAUGCCUUGGGGAAUGAGGAAAAGAAUGAACCUGAGUUUGAAGAUGCAGUUAUAAAAUCCCAAGAAGAAUUUAUUGACUGUCAUGAUUACCAGCACAGCCUCUACGAUGAGACAGGUCAAAUUAAUGCAAAACAUGAUCUUGUGGGCAAAUAUUUUACCAACGCAAUGUUGAAUAUGGAAUGGGAGAAACGUCUUCAAUACAUCUGUGGAAAAUGUUGGCAGCAUAUCUGGGAAUUUCAUCAAUUUCAGGAAUCCAUUAUUGAGGCGCAGAGGGGCCUACGUCUGCAUAUAGAAGCGGCAAAAGAAGUUGAGGAAGUUAAGAUAAAGCUUGAAUUGAAUUUAAAUAAAAAUCAGCAGGAACAACAAUUGGAAUGGCAUAAUGCCAAGGAAUUAAGUGCUAGCACUAAAGACUCUAUCAAACCUACAGCCCUUACCUUUGAUAUAAAAACUGAAGAACCUUUGGAUCUCAACAGUGAUUAUGAAGGGAUGUCACCUCAAGGCCUGGAUCAUUCAACGGACGAAGAAAUGUCUCAGAUGUCGUACAUGUCCAGUAGAAAAGAAAAUUCUUCCGUACAGAAUGACGAUGAAUCCAAUGCAGACUUUAGCUCAAAUGACGACAUGCCCUUAUCAUCUUUCAGGCAAUCCCAAUAUUCCUCUUCAGAAAGUAUAGUUACUGCCUCUGUAAAGGAGUUUGAUGAGCUGGUAGCUUUGUGGCGGCCCUCCUUGGAAUGUGAAAUUUGCCAUCAGCUAGUGCCCAGCUAUUCCCAAUUGAAGGAACAUUUUACCAACAACCAUGCUUCAGAAGAUUGUUACCUCAUGUGCUGCCAAUUGAGGCUGGAUAAUCGUUUUGAUAUUGACAGACACAUACGCUAUCAUAAUGCCCCGCAGCAGCUAAAAUGUGAGACCUGUUGCAUGGCCUACCAUUCGGAUGAACAUUUAAGAGUUCACAAACGGAAAGUCCACACCAGCAAAGGUGGAGAUAAAAAUGAUAGCGAAAAGCUGGAUGAGAAUUAUCGUUGCUACGAGUGUUCGAAGGACUUUGCAGCGAGAACGCUUUUAAAGAGACACAAUUAUAAUGUCCAUAAACCCAAGAUUUUUGAAUGUAAAAUUUGUAACAAAGGUUUUUCGCAUCCAAGCGAACUGCGUGGGCAUUUCGCUACCCACACAGGGGAUAAAGCGCAUGUCUGCUCCUUCUGCCCCGAUGCAUUUACCCGCCGAGCUUAUUACCGUAUGCAUAUGAGGAAAUAUCAUCUCCAGGAAUGGAAUAAGAUACAAAAUGAAGCGGCCCAAAAGGAGACUCUGGAUGGGUAUCGGCGAGAAACUCGAGGAAAGUUGCCAGCGGAGCAGCAGCAGCAAAAAUCAUUUAACAGCGCUAUAGCAGUGCCGAAGACAACUGAUGAAUGUAACACAAAACCAGAUGGUAAUAUUUUAAAUGUGCUGGGCAAAGAAGGAGUAGUGGAAGAGGAUUUAUUGAAAACUCCUAUAGAGGAGAAAAAGUUGAAAGAUGAAAAUGCAACAAGUACUAAUGUGAAGACCGAACAAUUUUCACCAAAUACAUAUGACUGCGUUAGUGAGGAACUGGAUGGACAUAAAAUGCCACUAGAAUUUCAAGAUGCUACUUGCGAAAAUAGCCAAGCAAGUGUUAGAGAAUCAAUUGGUGGUGGUUCACAUAAUGACAAGCUGUUGCUUGCAGGCGAUUUGGUUCGCGAACAGUGUCUCAAAGCUGAAAGUGUUCACGUACAGCAAACAAUGAAUUGCGAACUGCCUAGUGGUGUAAAUAGAGAGGUUUCAUCGUGUCAGACGCAUCAAUACAAUGACGUUCCCAGAUUUACUUUAAAUUUCCGAGAUAUUGAAGACUCCAUUCGACCUUUUGAUGGAACUGAUGACUUACCCAUUGGCGCAUGGUUGGAUGAAUUCGACGAAACUGCUUUUGUUAUGGGAUGGAAUGACCUCCAGAAAUUUGUGUUUGCUAAACGCUCAUUGAAAGGGCUUGCGAAAUUGUUUAUAUCAAGCGAACGUGGUAUAACAUCUUGGAGUACCCUUAAAAGCAAAUUGGUAGAAGAAUUCCAGUCGACGACAAACAGCGCACAGCUUCAUAAACAAUUGUCCGAACGACGAAUCCAAAAAGGCGAAAAUUACCUGGAAUAUCUUUUAAAGAUGAAAGAGCUAGCUUCUCGAGGCAACAUAGAAGACGACGCUUUGAUACAAUACGUAAUCGACGGCAUAAAUGAUUUAGCAACAAAUAAGGCGAUGCUGUAUGGUGCCAGAAAUCUUAAAGAGUUUAAGGAGAAAUUAAGAUGCUACGAGACGAUGCAGGAAAAGAUUAAACCAAGGUUUAAUUUUAACCAAAAACAACCUGACAAGACGAAACAACCUGAUAAGACGAAACAACCGGAUAAGACAACAAACAAGGCCGAGAAAAAGGAGUUGUGUUACAACUGUGGCGAAAAAGGGCACACGUCCCGAAAUUGCAGCGAUAAAGAUAAAGGGACCAAGUGUUUUGGAUGUAAUGAGUUUGGCCACAUAUCAAAACAAUGUCCGCGCAAAAAUGAAAGAGCCAAUAUGCGACGUUUAGUUCCUGAUGACAUAAUGAAGAAAGUUGUUAAAUUUUCUGAUUUACAAUACAUGGCGAUCUUCGAUACAGGCAGCAGGUAUAAUGUUGUCAGCGAUAAAGUUUACAAUGAUCUAAGAAGACCAACUCUUAAGAAAUCUGAUUUUUAUUUGGUUGGAUUUGGUGAAAGGACUCUCAACAACCGAAUAAAGCCGCUGGGAAACUUCACGCAUCAAGUUGAAAUCGACGAGGAGGACUACCAAUUGACAUUCCACGUAGUUCCAGCAAAUUCUAUGGAUAUCGACGUGGUGCUAGGAAAGGAUUUCUGCUCCGAUGUUCGUGUUGAAAUUACGGCGAAUAGUUUAAAGUUCGAAAAGAUCAAAGACGACGUUACCUCCCAGCAGCACAACAUUAUGCUCAUAAGAACAGCUGACGAGCCAGAGAGUCAAGUAGACGUGAAUUUAAUGGCAAGUGAUGGUGCAAAACGCGAAGUUAUGAAGCUCAUUGAUAAUUACAGACCUGAGAAGAACAAAACUACGAAUGUCGAAAUGAAUAUCAUCCUGAGCGAAGACACUAACAUAUUUUCCAGACCUCGUAGAUUACCAAUGAUUGAAAGGGAAGCAGUGGAUGAGCAAGUGGACAAGUGGUUGGCUGAUGGCAUCAUUGAGGAAUCUGUGUCUGAAUAUAGCAGUCCAGUGGUGAUGGUUAGGAAGAAGGAUGGUUCGUAUAGACUAUGCGUUGAUUUUAGACGCAUGAAUAAGAUCAUAGUUAAAGACCGAUACCCCCUACCACUCAUCGAAGAUCAGCUAGACCGACUGCAAGAGGCUACGGUGUUCAGCACAAUUGACUUAAAGAACGGAUUCUUCCACGUGAGUGUAGCCGAAGCAAGCCGUAAGUACACCUCAUUUGUUACUCACAACGGACAAUACCAGUUUUGUAAGGUGCCAUUUGGUUUGUCAAACUCACCUGCUGUGUUCCAGAGGUUUAUUAACACAAUUUUUCGUGAUUUGACACGAAGAGGUGUUGCACUUCCUUACGUCGACGACGUUAUUAUUCCAUCGAAAGACGAAGACGAGGCCCUGCGAAAUCUGAAGGAGGUAAUACAAGUUUGCAAGGAUUAUGGACUUGACCUAAACUUGAAGAAAAGCCAAUUUUUAGUCAGACGCGUGGAAUUUCUUGGCCACGUAAUCGAGAAUAAGCAGAUAUUUCCAUCGAACAGCAAGGUCGCCGCUAUAUUGAAAUUCCCAAUGCCGAAAGACGUUAAAGGGUUACAGAGUUUCCUAGGGCUUGCUAGUUAUUUUAGGAAAUUCAUUCCAGAUUUUUCAAUAUUGGCUAAACCUUUGAGCGACUUAACGAAGGCAGGAAGAUUAUUCGAGAUGGGUCACGAACAGAUUGCUACGUUUGACGCUUUGAGAAAGAUUUUGUCAGAAGGACCCGUAUUAAAUAUUUUUAAUCAACGAUACGAAACAGAAGUUCAUACGGAUGCAUCGAUGGACGGGUAUGGCGCAAUCUUAUUGCAACGAUCUCCAGAUGACGACGGUUGGCAUCCAGUAUACUACAUGAGCAGGAAGACGACGGACGCCGAAAGGAAAUAUUCCAGUUACGAGUUAGAGAUACUCGCAGUUGUGGAGGCACUGAAGAAGUUCAGAGUAUACUUACUUGGAAUUCAUUUUAAAAUAGUAUCCGACUGCAAUGCAUUCACCAAGACGAUGGAGAAAAAAGAUUUAUGUACACGAGUUGCCAGAUGGGUGUUGCUACUGCAAGAAUUCGACUAUGAAGUGGAGCAUAGACCUGGUGUAAGGAUGAAACAUGUCGAUUCAUUAAGCCGAUUUCCAAUAAUGACGAUAGUGGAGGAUAGUUUACUAACCAGAUUGGAGAAAGCUCAACAACAAGACGAUGAGUUAUUGGCAAUUAUAAGCAUUCUUCAAGAAAAAGACGUUCAUGAUAACUAUUUCAUGAAAGGAAAUAUUUUGUGCAGGUAUGUUGAUGACUAUGAGGUAAUGGUGAUUCCUAAGGGAAUGCAGAGGGAAGUAAUACGAGCUGUUCAUGAGAAAGGGCAUUUUGCCAAAGACAAAGUCAAAGAGAUUAUAAGAAGGGAGUAUUAUAUACCCAAAUUAGAAGAGAAGGUCAAAUAUCAUUUGCAGAAUUGUAUUCCAUGCAUAAUGGCUAACCGGAAAAAAGGAAAACAGGAGGGCGAACUCCACCCAUUACCGAAAGAGUUUCAACCAUUGCAUACCUACCACAUUGAUCAUCUAGGACCAUUGGAAUCAACUAGCAAACAGUAUAAACAUAUUUUUGCCGUGAUAGACGCCUUCACAAAGUUCUGUUGGUUGUACCCAACAAAGACAACAUCGACGAACGAAGUUUUAUCUAAGCUGAAGUCGCAAAGUGUUCUAUUUGGAAAUCCCCAUCAAAUAAUUUCGGACAGAGGAACUGCUUUUACCUCAGAGGACUUCAAACUGUAUUGUGAGACGGAGAACAUCAGACAUUUCCUGAUAACGACGGGCUUGCCACGAGCCAACGGGCAAAUUGAGAGAUUGAACUCGACGAUUAUAGCCGUUUUGUCAAAGUUGAGUAUGGAUGACCCUGAACAAUUAUCUAAAGUUAAAGGCAUGUUGAAACAUUCACCUCCCUCAGACUAUUGCCGGCUCUGUGUAAAAAGCUGCCAUGAUUACCAGCACAGCCUCUAUGAUGAGACAGGUCAAGCUAACGCAAAUCAUGAUCUUGUGGGCAAAUAUUUUACCAACACAGUGAGUCUCCUCUCUGAUACACCCAAUGACUUCCAAAUAUAUCUUCAAUGCUUUCAGAUGUUGAAUAUGGAAUGGGAGAGACGUCUUCAAUACAUGUGUGGCAAAUGUUGGCAGCAUAUCUGGAAGUUUCAUCAAUUCCAGGAGUCCAUUAUUGAGGCACAGAAGGGCCGACAUUUGCAUAUAGAAGAGGCAAAAGCAGUUCAGGAAGUUAAGAUUAAAACUGAGUUGAAUAUAAAUCAGCAGAAAGUACAACUGGACUUGCCCAUGACCAAGGGACUAGGCACUAGCACUGAAGAUUUAAUCGUACCUACAGUCCUUAGCUUUGAUAUAAAAGCUGAAGAACCUUUGGAUCUUAACAGUGAUCAUGAAGGGAUGUCGUCUCAGAACGGGCAGGACCAUUUAACGGAUGAAGAAUUGUCUCCGAUGAUGUCCAGUAGAAAAGAAAAUGCAUCCUUACAAAAUGGCAAAGAUGAUGAAUCCAAUGAAGACUACAGUUCAAGUGAUGACAAGCCCUUAUCAUCUUUGAGCCAAACCAAUAUUUCCUCUUCAAAACAUAAAGUCUCCGAUACAAAAAGGUCUGUAGAGGAGUUUGAUGAAUUGGUGGCUUUGUGGCGAACCUCCUUAGAAUGUGAUAUUUGCCAUCAUCUGGUGGCCAGCUAUUCCCAGUUGAAGGAGCAUUUUAGCAAAAGCCAUGCUUCAGAAAUUUGUUACCUCAUGUGUUGCCAGUUGAGGCUGGACUCCCGUUACGAUAUUCUGCAACACAUAGACUAUCAUAAUGCCCCGCAGCAUCUAAAAUGUGAGGUCUGUUGCAAGGCUUAUCGUUGGGUGAGAACUUUAAGAACCCACAUUAAAACUAUCCACAUCAGGAAGGGAGGAGAUAAAAAUGCUCAAGACAGCAGCGAGAAGUUGGAAGGAAAAUUUCGUUGCUGCAAGUGUUCCAAGGACUUUGCAAGCGAAAAACAUUUGGAAAGACACAUUCAAAAUGUCCAUAAACCCAAGAUCUUGGAAUGUAAGUUUUGUGAAAAAUCGUUUAGACGUCCAGAGGUACUGCGCGAGCAUUUGGCUCGCCACACGGGCGUGAAGACAUAUGCCUGCUCCGCUUGUCCCAAGGCAUUCAAUUGGCGAUCUAGUUAUUUGGCGCACAUGAAAAAAAAUCAUCCACAGGAAUGGCAGAAGAUGCGAAACGAAGAGGCCCAAAGGGAGCCUAAAUGUGGGUAUUGGCGAGAAAUUCGAGGAGAUAGUGUGAUCUACGUUUGCAUUUAUUGUUUCAAAGAGUAUAACAAGCAGAUAUCCGUAUACAGACAUAGCAGGGUAUGUCUUGAAAGCGAUAGACCAAUGGAGCCAACAAAGGGAAUUCGGAUUGAAACACGGGGAGCCAGUGAAGUCUAUGUGUGCAUUUAUUGUGAGACAGAGUAUGAAAUGCGGCGUUCUAUUUACCAUCAUCUUAACCAAUGUCAAAAAAAGGAUGUCUCUGUAGCAGAGAAAGCAUCAACGAUUGCUGAAUCCCCCGCACUAGCUGCGAAAGUCGUGAUAGAGUCUGAAUUGAAAAACGAAGGCUCUUUAGCAGAGCAGGCAUCGACGAUUUCUGAAUCCCCCGUACCAGCUGAGAAAGUCGAUAUAAAGCCUGAGUUGAAUACGAGUCAGCUGGAAGAACAACUGGAGUGGCAUAAUGCCAAGGGAUUAAGCGCUAGCACUGAAAAUGUAACCAAACCUAAGGCCCUCACUUUCGAUAUAAAAACGGAAGAGUCUGAUGAAGAAACGUCUGACAUGUCCAGUAGAAACGACAAUAAUGCCGUUGUAUCCAAUGAAGAUUUUAGUUCGAGCAAAGUCGUCACACCGCUAUCAUCUUUGAGCCACACCAACCUUAGCUCUUCAGAUAAAACAGUUGUUGCUACCAAAAGAUCGGCAGAGGAGUUUGAUGAACUGGUGGCUUUGUGGCGAUCCUCUUUAGAAUGUGACAUUUGCCAUCAGCUGGUGGCCAGCUAUUCCCAGUUGAAGGAACAUUUUAGCAAAUUCCACGGUUCAGAAGGUUGCUACAUCAUGUGUUGCCAAUUGAGGUUGGCAACUCGUUUCGACAUUGACAGACACAUACGCUAUCAUAAUGCCCCGCAGCAGCUUAAAUGUGAGGCCUGUUGCAAGGCUUUCCGUUUGGCGAAACAUUUGGGAAAUCACAAAAGGACUGUCCACACCAGCAAGGGAGGAGACAAAAAUGCUAAAAAUAAAGACAUUGAGACGCUGCAAGGGAAAUAUCGUUGCAGCAAGUGUUCGAAGGACUUUGCAACGGAAAAUCAGUUAAAUAAACACAAUCAAAAUGUCCAUAAACCCAAGACCUUGGAAUGUAACUUUUGCGAAAAAUCGUUUAUGCGUCCCGCGGCAUUGCGCUAUCAUAUGGCUAGCCACAAAGGCGAGAAGACGCAUGCCUGCCCCUUUUGCCCCAAGGCAUUCACCUGGCCAAGUGAUUUCUCCCUACACAUGAACAAAUUUCAUCUACAGGAAUGGAAGCAAAUGCAAAAGGAGGAGGCCCAAAGAAAGCCCAAAUGUGGUUAUUGGCGAGAAACUCGAGGAGAGAGUAUGGUCUUUGUGUGCAUUUAUUGUUUCAAGGAGUAUGACAAUCGGCAUUCAAUGUACUAUCAUUCCAAGCAAUGUCAAAUAUAUGGCACACCAGUAGAGCCUAAAAUGGGGUUUCGGCUUGAAACCCGGGGUAAGAGUAAAGUCCAUGUGUGCAUUUACUGUGCCAAGGAGUUUGAAAAGCUUCAUUCCAUGUACCUUCAUCUUAAACAAUGUCAUAGAGACGGUGGCUCUUUAAUGGAAGAGCAAGCAUCAAUGAUUUGUGAACCCCUCACUUCAGCUGAGAAAGUCGAAAUAGAGCCUGAGUUGAAUACAAAACAACAGGAAGUGCAACUGGAGUGCGAUAAUGCCAAGGAACUAAGCGCUAACAAUGAAAAUUUAAUCAAACCUAAAGCCCUUACCUUUGAUAUAAAGUCUGAAGAACCCUUGGAUCUCAACAGUGAUUACGAGCGGGUGUCACCUCAACACCUGGAACAGUUAACGGAUGACGAAAUGUCUCUGUUGUCUUACAUGUCCAGUAGUAGAAACGAAAGUUCAUACUUAAAGAAUGACGAUUUAUCCAAUGAAGCUUGUGACUCGAAUGAUGACCUGCCCCUAUCAUCUUUGAACCCUACCAAGUUUUGCUCUUCAUAUAAAGAAGUUCCUGCUGCGAAAAAGUCUGUGGAGGAGUUUGAUGAGCUGGUGGUUUCGUGGCGUUCCUCCUUGAAAUGCGAAAUUUGCCUCCAGCUAGUGCCCAACUAUUCCCAGUUGAGGGAUCAUUUUGGCAAAAGCCAUGCUUCAGUGAAAUGUUACCUCAUGUGUUGCCAAUUGAGGCUGGAAACUCGUAACGAUAUUGAAAACCAUAUUCACUAUCAUAAUGCUCCGCAGCAGCUAAAGUGUGAGGCCUGUUGUAAGGCUUACCGUUUGGAGGAAGAUUUAAGAGUUCACAAACGGAAAGUCCACACCAGCAAGGGAGGAGAUCAAAAUGAUGAAGACAGCGACAAGUUGCAAGGGAAGUAUCGAUGCCGCAAGUGUUUGAAGGAUUUUGCAACGAACCGGCAUUUAAAUAAACACAAUCGUGAUGUCCAUGAGCCCAAGACUUUUGCAUGUAACUUGUGUGAAAAAUCGUUUCGGCGUCCAGGGGCCCUGCGUGAUCAUUUGGCUACCCACAAAGGCGAGAAGAGGCAUCUAUGUUCUUUUUGCCCCAAGGCAUUCAUCAGGCGAAGUGUUUUCAGUCUACAUAUGAGAAAAUCUCACCUUCAGGAAUGGAUGAAAAUGCAAAACGAGAUGGGAAAAUCUCAGGAACGGAAGAAGAUGCAAAACGAGGAGGCCCAAAAAUUGCCUAAGUGUGGGUAUCGGCGAGAAACUCGAGGAGAGAGUAUGGUCUUUGUUUGCAUUUAUUGUUUCAACGAGAGUGACACUCGGCAUUCAGCGUACUAUCAUGCCAAGCGAUGUCCAAAAUAUGAUAGACCAGCACAGCCUAAGAAGGGGUAUCGUCUGGAAUCCCGGGGAAAGAGUCAAGUCCAUGUGUGCAUUUAUUGUGCCAGGGAGUUUGAAAAGCGACAUUCCAUGUACCAGCAUCUUAACCAAUGUCAUAAAGACGUUGACUCUUUAGGGGAGAAGCAGGCGGCAGCAAUGAGUGCUGAACUCCCCGUACCAGCUGAAAAAGUCCAGAUAAAGCCUGAGUUGAAUAAAAAUCAACAGGAAGUAAAACAGGAGUGGCAUACUGCAACAAGGACUAAUGUGAAAACCGAACAAUUUUCUGCUAAUACAAAUGGCUUGGAAAAUAAAAUAAAAGACGAUGAAAUGCCAACAGAGUUUGAAGUUAAUACAUGGGAAAGUGAAGAAUUCAUAGAAUCCAAUGAAGAAUUUAUUGAGCUCGAAAAAAAAAACAUGUUGAAACACCUACCUCCUUCAGACUAUUGCCGGCUCUGUGUAAAAAGCUGCAAUGAUUACCAGCUCAGCCUCUAUGAUGAGGCAGGUCAAGCUAACUCGAAUCAUGAUCUUGUGGGCAAAUAUUUUACCAACGCAAUGUUGAAUAUGGAAUGGCAGAAACGACUUCAAUACAUCUGUGAGACAUGUUGGCAGCAUAUAUGGGAGUUUCAUCAAUUCCAGCAGUCAGUUAUAGAGGCACAAAAGGGCCUACAUCUGUUUAAAGAAGCGGCAAAAGGAGUUGUGAAAGUUGAGAUAAACCCAGAAUUGAAUAUAAAUCAGCAAGAAGUACAAAAGGAGUUGCAUAAUGCCAAGAGACUAAACACUAGCACUGAAAAUUUAAUUGAAUCUACGCCCCUUACCUUUGAUAUAAAGUCUGAGGAACCUUUGGAUAUCAACAGUGAUUAUGAUGUUGGAAUGUUCUCUCAUGACACUCAGUUAAGGGAUGAAGAAGUGUCCUUGAAUGCUAUUGAAUCCAAUAAGGAUUAUAGCUCCAGUGAUGACACGCCCUUAUCAUCUUACAGGCAGGCCAACCUUUUCUCUUCAAAAAGUAAAUUUGCUUCAACCAAAAGGUCAGUGCAGGUGUUUGAUGAGCUGGUAGCUUUGUGGCGUUCCCCCUUGGAAUGUGAAAUUUGUCGUCAGCUAUUGCCCAGCUAUUCCCAGAUGAAAGAACAUUUUAGCAAACAGCAUGCUUCAGAAAGUUGUUACCUUAUGUGUUGCCAAUUGAGGCUGGAAACUCGUUACGAUAUUGAAAACCACAUUCACUAUCAUAAUGCUCCGCAACAGCUAAAAUGCGAAGCCUGUUGCAAGGCCUACCGUUUGGAGGAACAUUUGAGAGUUCACAAACGGAAAGUCCAUACCAGCAAGGGAGGAGUUGGAAAUGCUGAAGACAGCGAAAAGUUGCAAGGAAAAUAUCGUUGUGGCAAAUGUUCGAAGGACUUUGCAACAAAAUCUCUUUUAAAGAGACACAAUCGUAAUGUCCACAAACCCAAGAUUUUGGAAUGUAACUUUUGCCAAAAAACUUUUACGCGUUUAGAUGUACUGCGUGUGCAUGUCGCUACCCACACUGGGGACAAAGCGCAUGCCUGCUCCUUUUGCCCCGAGACAUUUACCUGCCGAGCUUAUUACUGCCGGCAUAUGAGAAAAUAUCAUCUAGAGGAAUGGAAUAAGAUACGAAAUGGAGUGGCCCCAAAAGAGACUCUGGACAGGUAUCGGCGAGAAACUCGAGGAGAGUGUAAGGUUUAUGUUUGCUUUAAUUGUUCCAUGGAGUAUGACGAAAAGCAUUCUAUGUUAAAUCAUCUGAAGAGAUGUCAAAGAUAUAAUGGACCAAUAGAGCUUAAAAGGGGAUAUCGGCUAGAAACUCGCGAAGAGAGUAUGAUCUAUAUUUGCAUUUAUUGUUCCAAGGAGUAUGAAAGCCGGUAUUCCAUGUACACUCAUCUCAAGCAAUGUCAAGGAGACGAUGGACAAAUAGAGCCUACAAAAGGGUAUCGGGAAGAAACUCGGGGAGAGAGUAGGAUGUACGUUUGCAUUUAUUGUUCCAAGGAGUAUAUAGAGCGGCAAUCCAUGAUCAAUCAUAUCAGGGGAUGUCAAAGAAACGAUGGGCCAAUAGAGUCUAAAAGGGGAUAUCGGCGAGAAACUCGGGGAGAGAGUACUGUCUAUGUUUGCAUUUACUGUUCCAAGGAGUAUGAAAAGCAGCAAUCAAUGCACAAUCAUAUCAGGUACUGUCAAAUAGACGAUAGAUCAAUAGAGUCUAAAUGGGGGUAUCGGCGAGAAAUUCGGGGGGAGAAUAUGAUCUAUAUUUGCAUUAAUUGUUCCAAGGAGUAUGAGAAGCGGCAAUCCAUGCACAGUCAUGUCAGGUAUUGUCAAGGUGAUGAUAGACCAAUAGAUCCCAAGAGAGGUUGUCGGCUUGAAACUCGAGGUGACAGCUUGGUCUACAUUUGCAAUUACUGUUCCAAGGAGUAUGAAAAGCGACAAUCCAUUCGCAGUCAUCUCCACCGAUGUCAUAGAGAAGUUGGAUCUUUAGCGAAGCGCACUUCAAUAAAUGCUGAACCCCCAGUACCAGCUGAAAUAUCACUAAACACCGGGAUAACAGCGCCGAAGACAAAUGAAGAAAGCAACACAACACCAGAUGGUGAUAUUUUAAAUGAGCUGUAUAAAAAAGGAGUAGUAGAAGAUGAUUCACUGAUGACCCUUAAAGAGGAAAAAGAGUUGAAAGAUGAAAAAGCAAAAUGGACUAAAGAAAAGACCGAACAAUUUUCAGCUUAUACAAAGGCCUUGGUAAAUGAGGAAAAUGAUAAAGAUGAAAUGCCUCCAGAAGUUAAAGUUACUACGUGGGAAAGUGAAUAACUCAUAUAAUCCGAGGACAAACUUAUUGAACUAUGAGCAGAGGCUUAAGAACUUAGUUGGAGUACUAAAGAAAAUAAAGCAACAAAAAAUUUCAUCAUUUUAACAAGCUAACAUUUUUCCACCCAAAACCUUAAAAACCCUUACAAUUAACUUAUAUUUUCUCAAUAUAAAAUCA